AAGGAACCAAGAACUCAGUUGGUCGGGUGCCCGGGUUGUGUUUACACAGCGGCGUGAUGGACCUGUGGCGGCUGGCGGCGUGAGGUGGACUAAUAGGCUGUAUUUUUCUAGCAUUGAGGCACCAUGGCUGCAGGACCUAUUGCCGAACGUAAUCAAGAUGCCACAAUAUAUGUUGGUGGACUGGAUGACAAGGUGUCUGAAGGACUACUGUGGGAGCUGUUUGUGCAGGCGGGGCCAGUGGUCAAUGUACACAUGCCUAAGGAUCGAGUUACCCAGCAGCACCAGGGAUAUGGCUUUGUUGAAUUCAUGGGUGAGGAGGAUGCAGACUAUGCCAUCAAGAUAAUGAACAUGAUAAAGCUGUUUGGAAAACCUAUACGAGUGAACAAAGCAUCAGCCCACCAGAAGAACCUUGAUGUGGGUGCCAACAUAUUCAUUGGCAACCUGGAUCCAGAGGUGGAUGAAAAGUUGCUAUAUGAUACCUUCUCUGCCUUCGGUGUCAUUCUUCAGACUCCCAAGAUUAUGAGAGAUCCAGAUACGGGGAACUCAAAAGGAUAUGCAUUCAUUAACUUUGCUUCUUUUGAAGCAUCAGAUGCUGCUAUUGAAGCUAUGAAUGGACAGUAUCUCUGCAACAGGUCCAUUAGCAUCUCAUAUGCUUUUAAGAAAGACAGCAAAGGUGAACGCCAUGGAACUGCAGCUGAGCGUCUGCUUGCUGCCCAGAAUCCCCUGUCCCAGGCUGAUAAGCCUCACCAGUUGUUUGCAGAUGCUCCUCCCCCUCCCACCCAGUCAGCACCUCCUCCUCCUGCCCCACCUCCUCCCCCAGCAUCAGCUGGGGUUACACCCAAUGCCCACCCAGGCAUGUCUGUGCCACCUCCUGGCUUACUGGUUCCUCCUCCACCACCAGUUCCUCCUCCUCCUGGCACCACUUCAUCCAUGCCUCCCCUUCCCAGUGCUCCACCCACAACAUCUGUCCCUCCACCUCCAGGUUCUGCUCCUCCUCUUCCUCCUAUUCCUCCUCCACCUUCCAAGCCUCCUCUUCCAGGUCAGCCACCUCUGCCUCCAUCAGGACCCCCAGGACCUCCCUCAGGGCCUAACAAUCCUCCGAACCAAGGGCCAUAUGGCCAGUAUCCUCAGCGUAUGCCUCCACCCCCAUGGCAAGGUGGACCAGGCAUGCCACCUCCCCCUGGUAUGCCUCCUCCUCGUUCUGGCCCCCCAGGUAUGCCUCCCCCACCCGGGAUGAGGCCUCCUCCUCCAGGAUGGAGACCCCCUCAUCCUGGAGGACCUCCAGGGAGGCCCCCAUUUGGAAGGCCUCCUUACCCUCCACGUGGGCCUCCGGGACCCCCUCCUAUGCCAGGCAUGGGGCCAGCCAUGCGGGGUGGAGGACCACCCCUCCCUCCAGGACCUCCUCCUUCAGGUGGUCCUGGAGGACCCAUGCCACCAGGGCCUCCACCAAGGGGCAUGAGACCACCUCCACCUGGAGUGUCUGUCCCUAACACUCAGAGUGGACCUCCUCCUCCUGGUAUGGCACCACCUCCUCCUCCUCCACGUCCUCCUCUUCCUCCUCCACCUCCGGGAGGAGAAAAGUAACACUGAAUGGAAAGCACUGCUGUUUUGGAUAUAUUCAUUAUUCAACAUAGGCUCUUCUGUUCACGUCAGAUGGGACCCAAAUCGUUGUUGCUCUUGUGAUGAGUGACAUGAACUGUGCACAGAACUUCAUGUUUGUGAUUAAGGCAUUGUCAAUUACAGUUUUCACAGUAUA